ACAACGAUAACGGAUAUCAUUUAUGUAAAUUAGUGACGUCAUAUCUAAUUUCCUGCCGAUGCGGCGUGCAAUCGAUAGUUUUCAGAAUCACAAAAUAACGCCGACUUUCACGUUGACACAUCCAAUUUUUUUGCUGUGAAGUUUUUUGGCUGAACCCAGUUUUUUCCUAAGACAUCAUUACAGUUUUUCACAGAAUUGUGAGGCCAGUUUUUUCCAACCGUUUCUGCAUUUUUUAUCUACAAGUUUGAAGCUCCAAAAAGGGACAUAAAUCACCAUGUCGUACGACGAUAAUCCAAACAAGACCAACUUGAUCAUCAAUUACCUUCCCCAAGUCUACACAGACGAUGAAAUGUACACGCUGUUUGCAACGAUCGGGAACGUGGUAAACUGCCGCAUCAUUCGAGACAAGAACACCGGCUACAGCUACGGAUUUGGGUUUGUCGAAUACUCGUCCCCGGAAGAAGCCCAGAAUGCUAUCAUGUCCUUGAAUGGGUGCGAGAUCCAAAAUAAGCGGAUCAAGGUUGCUUUGGCACGUCCACCUGGGGAGAACACAAAGGGAGCUAACCUGUAUGUCCGUAACGUUCCCCAACAUUACUCUGAGGAUGAUUUGAGGGACAUUUUCGCACAGUAUGGCACUAUUGUCCAAGUCCGAAUCCUAAUUGAUCAUAACACCAAUAUGUCCAAGGGGGUAGGUUUUGUCCUGUUUGAGUCCAGGAGCAUGGCGGAAAAUGCCAUGGCAUGGAACAACAAGGUGCCCCCUAAUGGCACCCUGCCAUUGUCAAUCAAGUUUGCAGAUGAGAAUUCAAAGAAGGUUCGACCUCCUCCCGGGGAAAUGGGUGGCUAUGGUUACGGGAUGCAGUCACGCGGUGGCUUCUCUGGUGGUCCGAUGAGAGGGCCAGCUGGGGGGAGCAGGAUGAGGUAUAAUCCCAUGGGCACUGGGGCUGGAAUGGGGAAUGGGUAUGGGUCCUACUCUGGAGGCUACCAAGGGGGCUAUGUCAGUCCUGCUGGGGCAGCCCCAAAAAGGGGCAUGGGUGUACGGAUGGGAACUCCAGGGAGGGGUGCGGCAAGAAACUCUGGGAGUCCAUAUGGGGCUGGGGCCACUCAGUUUGGGGCGGGGGAUGCGUCGGACACAGAUGGGACCAUCUUGUUUGUGUACAAUAUCGGGGUAGAUGCCACAGAAGGUGAUCUCUGGAACCUGUUCACGCCCUAUGGUAUGGUAAAAAAGGUCAACAUCAUUUGGGAUCAUGCUAAGAAUCAGUGUAAGGGGUUUGGCUUCGUUACCAUGUCCACCCUUGACGAAGCCAAAUAUGCGAUUGAGUAUUUGAAUGGGUUCUACUACAAAACUGCACCCCUCCAGGUCUCAAUAAAGACUGAUAAGAAAUUAACCACAGUCAACCAGUCCAAGAUGACUACGAAGGAAAUCACCAACAAUUUGAUCAUCAAUUACCUGCCACAGUUCCUCACAGACGAGGAGUUCAAGAACAUGUUUCUCACCAUCGGGCCAUUGAAGUCAACGAAAAUUGUCAGAGACAAGGCUACUGGUUUCAGUUACGGCUUUGGAUUCGCAGAGUUUGUGUCCGUCGAUGACGCGGAACGUGCGGUCAAGGUGUUUGACUACCUGCCAAUGUACGGGAAAAGGAUACGGGUCCAGCAUGCCAACAAGAGCGAUGAGCUUUCCAAGGGAUAUAACAUCUAUGUGAAAAACAUUCCAAGCGAGUACACGGAAAGUGAGCUGGAAAAACUGUUUGAGCCUUUCGGUAAAAUCUCAACGUGUAAAGUGCUGAUAGACCUUCAGACUGGACAGUCAAAGAACGUCGGCUUUGUGUUGUAUGAUACAAAGGGUGAGGCCGACAAAGCGAUCAGUGAAAUGCAUGGCAAAAAGUGUCCGGGGUCUAAUAAUUACCUUGUAGUGAAGUAUGCUGAUGAUUCCAGUGUUAAGAAAUCGGGCAAGAACAUGCCUAUCCCACCUAUUCUUCCUCAAGUAACCCCAGCUUCCCCCUUGGUUGCUCCACCACCUAUUCUUAAUCAUGGAAACGGAUUUGUUUCACACAACAGCCAGGCAGGGCCAGUUCGCAAUCAAACAGCCAACCGCUUCCGUUUCAAUCCUAUGGCCAGGGAAGAUACGACUUUUGGACACCAGUCUAGUUUUGGGUCCGGAUUCACGAGCCCGAGCACAGGAGGGUACCAGUCUGGUAUGACGAGCCCAGAACCGAGCUACGCUGGCUCGUUGACUGAUAUACCGCAGGGUCCUGGACCAUUCUCAAUCUUCGUCCACAAUAUUGGAGAGGACGCAGAAGACCGUGAGUUGUGGGCCCUUUUUUCUCCGUUCGGGACCGUUCAGAAGUGCACAGUGAUGAUGGAUACGGACCGAAAGGUCUGCAAAGGCUUUGGCUUCGUUGAUAUGGUCCACGUGAUGGAGGCUUCCAACGCCAUCCAGAAUCUGAACGGGUACUUCUAUAAGGGCAGGAAACUUAGUGUGUCGUUCAAACACAAGAAAUGACAUUAAAACGACUGUUUGUUUGGGAGUGGCACAAAUUUAUGCUGAACAGAUAUUUGGUGUUCAUUUCUUUAAAUAUUGAUUCUACUUCUACUUAUAAGGCAUUAUGAUACCCGAAUUUUUGUUUUAAAGUUUUCUCUUUAUUUUCUACCAUACUGUUUUCACUAAAUAGUGUUGUUAUGUUAACAGAUCUCGAUCUAAUUGAUUAUAUAAAAAGUUUUUCUUUUCGAUUUGUGUAUAAUUGUUUGAUCAUUAUGCAAAGAAUUUAGUUCAAUAAUUAAGAACCUUAUAUUUACUAUAAGCCUUUUAUUUAACUUGCUUUUGUUUGUUAUUAUUGGUGCAUUCUUGAUGAUGGCGAUCGAAAUUCUUUGUUUAAGUUUUCUUCAGAGUUAUGUUCAUGUUAAAUAAAUGCGUAUAUCAUGAAAAAAACAGUUUUCAUUUAUUAUGCCCCCCUUCGAAGAAGAGGGGGUAUUUUGCUUUGCUCAUGUCGGUCGGUCAGUCCACCAGGUGGUUGUCAGACGAUAACUCAAGAACGCUUGGGCCUAGGAUCAUGAAACUUCAUAUGUACAUUGAUCAUGACUCGCAGAUGACCCCUAUUGAUUUUGAGGUCACUAGGUCAAAGGUCAAGGUCACGGUGAACCGAAAUAGUAAAAUGGUUUCCGGAUGAUAACUCAAGAACGCAUACGCCUAGGAUCAUGAAACUUCAUGGGUAGAUUGAUCAUGACUCGCAGAUGACCCCUAUUGAUUUUGAAGUCACUUGGUCAAAGGUCAAGGUCACGGUGACCCAAAAUAGUAAAAUGGUUUUCGGAUGAUAACUCAAGAACGCAUACGCCUAGGAUCAUGAAACUUCAUAGGUAGAUUGAUCAUGACUUGCAGAUGACCCCUAUUGAUUUUGAGGUCACAAGGUCCAAGGUCACGGUGACCCGAAAUAGUAAAAUGAUUUUCGGAUGAUAACUCAAGAAGGCUUUUGCCUGGGAUCAUGACACUUCAUAGGUACAUUGAUCGUGACUCGCAGAUGACCCCUAUUGAUUUUCAGGUCACAGGUCAAGGUCACGGUGACAAAAAUCGUAUUCACACAAUGGCUGCCACUACAACGGACAGCCCAUAUGGGGGCAUGCAUGUUUUACAAACAGCCCUUGUUUUUAUCUUGUGUUAGUGAGUAGCCCCUUAAUGUCUAAAAGUUAGGUUUUGAAAAACUGCUAGAAAUUAAAGGGUUCCUGUUAAUGGCUGAUAUUUUUUAUUCUUCAAAUCUUCUACAUAUGUGGUCAUUCAUUUGUUUUAACAAAAACUAUCAGCAUGAUCGUUACUUAUAUUGUUUACUGUUUGUAAAAUAUCACAAUAUUUUGCCUACAUAUAUUUGUAGGAAUAGAUCGUUUUAAAACGGUAAUAAACAUUGCAGACAUAGUCA